CGGAUUGGAACACGCCCCGAGUGCGUGCGUGUCUGUCUGUGUGUUCGUGCACAAGCGGAUGACGAACCACACAAACCGGUCUAGAUAUGUUCCACGGACUAAACCUGCGGACCCGCCGGUACUCUGCCGCGUUUGGACUUUGUCACUGAAGUCGCCCCCAGACCAUGGCCGCUUUCGUGGCUCAUCCCUCAGUCCGGAUCAGGGGGACCGAGCACACCUACACCCCCGUCCUGUGCCAGGAUGAGAAGUGUGACGGCCGUGAGAAGGGCGUGCACAUGCACUGCCCGCUGUGUACUGUGGGCGAGGCCUAUCAGGACCCAGUCAUCCUGCGGGCACAUUUCCGCAUCAAACAUGUCGACAAGGGCAUCGACUUUGCAGGCUUGAAAGUGUUGCGCUGCUGUAACCACUGUGAGAUCGUGGGCACCAUUAAAGGAGAGAAGAGGUUUAAAGGAGCUCACUGGCACUGCUAUCGCUGCAGGAACGGCUUCAACAGGAGGGACGAGGCCAUCAAGCACUACAAGACGCACUUCCGAAACCCACACACCACCUUUCAAAUUCAGGUCACGCAGGAUGUGAACUGCAGGCAGUAUUACAGUGGCACUGCAGAGGCCCAUGCUAAAGCAUACAGCGGGCUGGCUGUCAGUCUGGAUGCGGGUGGGGACCCCACUGCUGCUGUCGGAUCCAUCAUGGCCCAGCCGGUCCUGACCACCACGGACAAUGAGGCAGCCGCUCUACUCACCAUCGAGCCUAAGGAAGACAGUGAAAGUAAUGGCAUUCCACUCGGCGCUGAGGAGGAAGUGGGCUCCUCUCAGCAUGCAUCAGGGCAAACCCAGACCCUGGUUCUGAUGGACCCUGAUGGGCACACGGGCAGCCUGAUCUAUGAUGAGGCGACAGGAAUCCUUACUGAACAGAGUGCAGACAGUUUGGAGCUUCAGAAACGCCUGCUGGAGCUCAACCAACAGAUGGACAAUCUGCAGCAGGAGAAAGAGAGCAUGGAGAAGACUUUAAAGGCUGAAAUUAAACAGCUCAAAGAACAGGUUGCGAGUCUGGUUCAGUCCAACGUGAAGAUGUUUGAGGAGCUACAGGUGUACCAGUGUCCAGACCAGAGCCAGCAGAGAGUGGCCAAACUGAUGGAGAGUCUACACGCCCAGCAUAAAGAGCUGCUGCAGGCUCAGCUGGCUUCACUGAGGCAGGAGCUUCUUUCUCAGAACGGUACCAUCAACGGCCACACGGGGGAGAUGGAGCUCAGUGCCACCCCGGAGCAGUCUCAAGCCCCGGUGGAGGGGGAGAUAGGGGGUGCUCUGACUGGGCUAGAGAUCAUAGACGUGCAGCUCCAGCCGGAGCAGGAUGAACUGAGGGGGCAGCUGGUGGAGUUCGGGGCCGUACAAGCCGAAACGCUACCCGGCCUGGGCAGGUCGGACACAGCUUUACCUGACACGGCCCUGACCACCUCCCAGGACCUGGAGGUUCCUCAGGACGACCCUGUACCGUCCAGGAAGCGCAGUUCCGAGGACGAUUGUGGGGGGACGAGUGAGGGCAAAGUCUCGCGUGUUAGCUGAUGCUAACAGAACUGUGAAAAACAUUUCUAGUAUAGAGAAAACACCCUGAUUUUACUGUUUGGCUCUACCUUUUUCUAUCUACACAUCUGAUACCUUUCUGAUAUUUGGACUUCUCCUAGAAGUAGGGCUGCCAGACAUGGACAGAUCACCAUAUUGGGAUUAUAUUGAUCCAUAUUGCGAUUUCGAUAUGCUUACAAUAUAUUAAAACAUGGUCAAAGACUG